CUCAAAACACCGCAACAAAUGAAACAAAGAAAUUCAAAUAAAUACCCAAAGAAAUAACAAUACUAACGACGUUCUAAAAACAUAUAUAAAACAAAAUAUCACUACAUAUACAAAUACUAAAACGAUAAUUAAGAGCCAGUUUGAGGAUCAUCCCCGGCAGACACCGUCCAGCUGGUGUGGUCCAGCACCUCACGCUGCUGCAAGCUCUCACCUCACCAGAAUUAUAUAUUUUAAUUUUUUUUACAGUAUAUAUUUUAGACUUUCAAUGAUAUCGCAGUGUUCGUUAUCUUGUAAACUGUGGCCACACGGUGUUAAGUACUUGAAGGUGGUGUAGUUACUGCAGGGAAGUUUUUAUUAUUUCAAGUGACGGGGGCAUAGGACCCACAAUAUAUUUUAUUGACAUGGCUGAGGUAGACUACCUGAUAGCAAAUUGGAUUACCACCAACUUGCCGUAUAUUAUUGGUAGUUUGCUCGUCAUCUGGUUGGUUAAAGUAAAAUCUGCCGAUUUAAGACAGAGAUGGUUUGCUUUUCUAAUGCAUCAGCUUACUAAGGAAAAGGAUGCCAAAGUAGAAGAAGUCAAAAAGGAUUUGUUUACGAGUCUUGGAUCUAUAGUGUCCCAUGAUCCUGAGUUGCGAAAAGAUAAUGCAAUUAAAAUCUUGGAGAUUGGAGUUGGUACAGGUGUUAAUUUUUCACACUAUCCCAGUGGCAGUCAUCUGAUGGUUGUGGAACCUAAUCCUCAUUUCGUAAAAUAUUACAAUGACAAUAGGAAGAAAUUCCCAAACAUUCGUUCUGAGGAGAUCCUGAUAACUACAGGGUGGCAAAUUCUACUUUUUGGAACAUAUACGGGAAUUUGACGCUGUGAAGUAUAAUACACGAGGAAAACUACAAGACUUCUUGACUGAGAGUGGCAUUUGGCCGUUUCUGUUUGAUGGUUGCUGCUUAAAUCGUGAUAUGCUCUAUGCCAUUAAAAAGGCUGGCUUCUCAAAGGUUGAUGGUGAGCGCUUUUAUGCUCCUAUUACCAACUUCUUCUUCCAACUAAUAAAACCACACCUGAAGGGCAUUGCUGAAAAAUAAAUGUUACAGUGGCGAUUAUGAAAACUGACAUGUUAUUUCUGUAAUAACUUGUCAGGUGCAUAAUUGAAGAAAAAACACUGAUCUGAUAUAUGCUGUAUUAAAUAAUAAAAACAUGAGCUGGUAGGCUUUUGUUUGAAAUUUCACUCUAUCUCAAACACACAUUUAUUCAUAUAAGUGCUAGACCUAUUAUGCUAAGCUCUGUGGGAUAUAGAUGUAUUAUGAAAGUUUGUGCCCAUGGCUGAAUAAGGAUAUUAUACAUUAUCCUAGGUGUAAAUUUAAGGAAUUAUUAUCUCUCGUAUCAUUGAAUUUAAGGCGUCUCAAAUCAAUAUACUAAAUAGUUGUAUUGGUAGCAUGACUGAAGGGGAGGGUGCUUUCUUGUAUCAUUGAAUUUAAGGACACUUGAAUGAAGAUAGUUGUAUCAGUAGCAUGAUUGAAGGGGAGGGUGCUCUCUCAUUUCAUUAAAUUUAACGAGUCUCGAACGAAUGACUAUAGUUUAUGAGUAGCAUGAAUGAGGGAAGGGGGCUCUGUAGAUGAGCUCUUCCAUGGCUUCUUACAUUGUAAGCAACAACAUAGGCUCUUACUUUUUAUUAUUCUUCUAAGGAGUGUAUUUUUUAUCAGUCCUUAAGGUUUUAUCUCAAGGUAUUUUUGUUCUAAGAAAGCCAUUGUUUUUCUUGCAUUUGUUUUUUCACAAAGUUUAUUCUAAAGCAGCUGGAACAUAAGACAAUAAGUUCUGUAGCCAUAUAAAAAAAAUAGCUGUAAAUUGCCCAGACGGGUGAAAGCAGCAGCUAUAAUUUACACAAUGAAGUAUGUUUUCAAUAUUCUUGGAUAUAAAUACUGCUCAUAAUUUUUUAUGUAUUAAUAAAAAAAGAAGAAAA